CUUAUAUUACUGCUUUGUCUUUUAGACCCUUUCCAGCCUUGUCUUGGCUCUCAGUCGCACAGCUCACUGCACAGACCUGGCUUGUAUUUGUAGUUGGACUGACUGUAGUGCACAGCGCAUAGUUCUGUUCUUCCCCAGAGGAGAUAAACAGACAGCGUGUGUGGACAGACGACUGACAGACAGACAGACGGAAAGACAGGUGACGUGGAGUCUUGGUGUGUGGACAGACAGACAGACAGCAGGCAGACUGACAGAGGGCUGGUUGUAGUGAGAGCGAGGGAGUGCAGCAGCGAUGGUGAUGGAGGAGAGAACACCGGCCCGGCAGAGAGGCCUGGACUACAGUGUGGAGAGGGCAGUGCUGGACGAGGAGAGCCUGGAGGAGGUGGCACAGAGAAGGACUUGUGAGGGCAAGCCUGCCCUGGCACAGAGGCUCAGGGGCAAACUCAGUUGCUCUGCAGCGAAGUUGAAGCACUGUCUCUUCACUUGUAUACCAGUCUUGUCCUGGCUCCCGCGCUAUUCCUUCAGGGAGUGUGCUCUGGGAGACUUCUUCUCAGGGAUCAGCGUUGGGAUCAUGCACCUACCACAGGGCAUGGCGUACGCCCUCCUGGCCUCCGUGCCCCCUGUGUUUGGGCUCUACUCCUCCUUCUACCCCAUCCUGGUCUACUUCAUCUUUGGGACGUCCCGGCACAUCUCCGUGGGCACGUUUGCAGUGAUGAGUGUUAUGAUCGGCAGUGUGGUGGAGAGACUGGCUCCGGACAGUGACUUCUCCUCUCUGGACAAUGUGACGAAUGAGACUCUGAUUGAUGUCCUGCAGCGGGACGCGGCCCGGAUCAAGGUGGCGGCGGCAGUCACUUUCCUCUCUGGACUCUUCCAGGUGGCUCUGGGUCUGGUCCAGUUUGGCUUUGUGGUGACCUACCUGUCUGAGCCGCUGGUGCGUGGCUACACCACCGCUGCUGCCAUUCACGUGAUUGUGUCACAGCUGAAGUACGUCUUCGGAAUCAACCCGAACCGCUACAGUGGACCCCUCUCAAUGGUGUAUACGGUGAUAGAGGUGUGUGCCCUGCUGCCUGAGACUAACGUGGGCACUUUGGUGGUCAGCAUCGUCUCCCUGGUGGUCCUGCUGGUAGUGAAGAAGAUCAGCACAGCGCUGAGCCACAAGCUGCCCAUCCCCAUCCCCAUCGAGCUCAUCUUGGUGAUCGUUUCCACGGUGAUCACUGCGCAGGUGCAGCUGGACAACAAGUAUGGAGUGCAGGUCGUGGGCGAGAUUCCCCAAGGUUUGCAGGCGCCGGUGUUUCCGGACUCCUCUCUGUUUGUGUCGGUGGUGGGGGAUGCUUUUGCCAUUGCUGUGGUUGGCUACGCCAUUGCUAUCUCACUCGGGAAGAUCUUUGCUCUCAAGUACGGCUACCAGGUGGACAGCAACCAGGAGCUUGUGGCGCUGGGUCUCAGUAACUCAGUCGGGGGGGUGUUCCAGUGUUUCGCUAUCAGCUGUUCCAUGUCCAGGACUCUGGUCCAGGAGAGCAGCGGCGGGCACACCCAGGUGGCGGGGGCUCUCUCGGCCCUCGUGAUUCUAGUCAUCAUCCUGCAGCUCGGAAAACUCUUCCAACAACUGCCCAAGGCUGUUCUGUCUGCCAUCGUCAUCAUCAACCUGCAGGGAAUGAUGAGGCAGUUUACUGACAUCAGGACACUGUGGAGGAGCAACAAGGUUGACAUGCUGGUGUGGGUCGUGACCCUGGUCUUCACGCUGCUCCUGAACCUGGAUCUGGGACUUGCUGCGUCCAUCGCCUUCGCAAUGCUGACCGUCAUCUUCAGAACACAGCUGCCGCAAUACUCCUUGCUGGGUCGGAUUGCUGGCACUGAGCUGUACAGAUCUGUGGAGGAGUUUGCUCAGGCUCAGGAGAUCCCAGGAGUUAAAAUCUUCCGCUCAUCAGCCACUCUCUACUUCGCCAACGCAGAGAUGUACGAAGAGACUCUGAAAAAGAAAGUUGGGAUCAAUAUCGCUCAGCUGCUGCGCCACAAGAAGAAGCUGGCAGCGAAAGAGAAGCGCAGAGAGAAGCAAGAGGAGAGGAGAGCCAAGAAGGAGGCCAAGAAAAAUCAGGAGAAAAAGGGAGGUGGUGCUACUGACUGUGUGGAGAGUGAGGAGACUGGGCAAGAGGAGACUGGGCAAGAGGAGACUGGGAGAGAGGAGACUGGGAGAGAGGAGACUGUGCAAGAGGAGACUAGGAGAGAGGGGACUCAGAGAUGGUCUAAUCCCCUGAACCCCCACUCCAUCAUCCUGGACCUCAGUCCUGUCAACUUCCUGGACACUGUGUCAGUAAAGAAGCUGAAAAACAUUGUCAGUGAUUACAGGGAAGUGGGAGUGGAGGUGUACCUAGCAGGCUGCCAGAGCUGUGUUGUCGGGGAGAUGGAACGUGGGGGAUUCUUCUUGAAGGCGCUCUCGAAGGCCUGUCUCUUUGUCUCGGUUCACGAUGCUGUGCUGCACUGCCUGAGACGAGCUGAACACGGGCCACUGGACAGCCCUGCGGCUCUUGAGAACACCAGGUUAUAACGAGAGACUGAGAGCGAGGAGGAAAGGAGCUGCAAUGUGUUCCAGGUGUUCAUUCACACACACAGGCGAGGCUUGGAGACGGCUCAGCCACGCUCUUCCUUCACUGCAGUUCACUCAAAGAAAUGAAAAGGAAUGUGUUUCAGUAAAGUCCAGUUUGUUGUUGAAUUAUGUAUAGCGUCUUCCACACAACUUGUGCCCCUGAUCCUGCACUAUUAUACCCAGUCCAUACCUACAGCGGGACAUCCUGUCUGCAGGUGCUGCUGGUACCUCCUCCUAAACCGUGCACCGAGGGGAAAGCAUGCAUUGGUCAGCUUGGGUCUGAGAAACGCCCAAAAGAAGAUUUAAAAAAUGAUAAAUAGUACUACAUUAUAUAGAAUGAUGUACUGUUACUAGACUUGCAAAAUCAUUUUGUAGUUUCUUUGAUUACACAAUGUUAAAUAAAUUAUCUAAAUUAUGUUCAUAUAUAUAUAUUAUGUUAGCAGUGUGGAGUAGUGGUUAGGGCUCUGGACUCUUGACCGGAGGGUUGUGGGUUCAAUCCCCAGUGGGGGACACUGCUGUUGUACCCUUGAGCAAGGUACUUUACCUAGAUUGCUCCAGUAAAAACCCAAAUGUAUAAAUGGGUAAUUGUAUGUAAAAAUAAUGUGUGAUAUCUGUAUAAUGUGAAAUAAUGUAUAAUGUGAUAUCUUGUAACAAUUGUAAGUCACCCUGGAUAAGGGCGUCUGCUAAGAAAUAAAUAAUAAUAAUAAUAA